AUGGCUCAGCUGCCAGCGAAGUUCCCAUGCUGGUGCCGAGCAGUAUACUCUUGGGGCGGAGAAACAACCCGAGACUUGGGAUUUGUAGAAGGAGAUCUGAUCGAAUGCUUGAAUGCAGGAGACGGACAAUGGUGGAUGGGUCGGUUGCGCCGAGACAGGCGCGCAGUGGGACUGUUCCCAUCCAACUUUGUUGAACUGCUGAGCGAAGACUUUGUACCUGUGAGCCGGGAUACCAGUCCUAUGGUUCUAGCUGGAUCUUCUCCAAUCAACAAUCCUACAUUUGCGCCCAAGAAGCAGAAAACAGUGUGGCGGAAGCCUUUCCAGGCGCACAAGGAAGCUGUAUCACCAUCUGCCAAACUAGCCACUGGCCCACUCGGGUCUAGCCCAGCACCUUCAAUCCCUCAAACUCCACCUCGGGAUAGCAGUGUUCCACGCAGCACAAAGCCAUUGCGCACACACGCUUCGGCGGUCAAGAAUCAGGGCUCAGUAUCCCGGCCCACAUCGUCUGCAUCGCGACCUUCCUCGCGCGGCGCAUCUCCGCGUUCCUCGGUAGAGCCAGAGCGGUCACCAUCUGCAACCAUGCCACGAGGAAGUGUUUCAUCGUCUCGGCCUUCAUCCCGUGAGCCAUCGCCAUUCCAAGUGCAGGAACGCCCGUCGUCGAUGAUUCCGAAGAGCAGUGUCUCAUCUUCUCGGCCUGCAAUGUCUCGGGAACCAUCUCCAUUGCCAGUGCAGGAAUACUCAUCAGCAAUUGUGCCUCGUGGCAGUGUCUCAUCCUACCGACAUUCGUCUCGGGAGCCAUCUCCAUUGCAACAACAUGAAUACUCACACGCCAUGAUUCCUCAGGGCAGCAUGUCAUCUUACCAGCACGCGUCCCGCGAGCCAUCUCCCUUGCAAAUGCAAGAACAUGUAUCUGCAAUGAUAUCUCAUGGCAGUGCUUCACCAUACCACCAUGCAUCUCGCGAACCAUCCCCUUUACAGAUGCAAGAUUACUCAACUGCAAUGGUGCCACAAGGCAGCAUGCCAUCCUAUCGGCAUUCAUCUCGUGAGCCAUCUCCAUUACAGAUGCAAGAGGAUCGAGAGGACUCGCCUCCACCUCCACCUCCGCCGCCUCACCGUGUUGCUAUCAGUCGUGCAGCAUCCAAUUCUCCUCAGCCAUCGAUGCACCCAGAUCAGUAUCGCGCGCAAUCGCCUCAACCACCGAUGCAUGCUCAACAGUAUCGCUCGCAUUCUCCUCAGCCGCCGAUGCAUGCACCACAGCACCGGGCUUAUUCUCCCCAACCGCCAUCCCACGCUCCUCGCCCUUCGCGUUCUCCUGCUCCGCUGGUUAUGAACGACCGUUAUGUUAUUUUCGAUCGUACUCCAUCUCCAUCUGCAGCUUCUACCCACUCUGCAAUGUCUGAACAUUCGGCACAGUCAGAUAUGCAUGGGAAUACCCCAUCCCCGUUACGGGAUGCCAUGGAGGAUGUUAUGACUUCAUUGGAGGAUAUGGCCCUUCCCCGCGACGCUGCAUCGCCUUCUCCAACACCAACAUUUAAUGAUCCAUGGGCGCCAGAAAACUUCGAUACAUCAAAUGAAAGGACUCCACAAGGCAACAAACGCCGGCCGUUGACAUCAAUGGGCUUUGAGGGGGACAAAGUCCAACAACAAGAGGGACUCGUUCAUAGAAACAGUGUCUAUAGCCAUGACCACUAUAUGGAUGGUCCUCCGCAGCUGAACAACUAUGUUCAAAGAAUGGAGAGCCGUCUUCGCCAGCUGGAAGACCAGAACCGGCAGCCAGACGAGGAUAAAGGGACUGCUGAGGACGAUGAUGGGCCCCCUCCACCGCCCCCAAAGCAUGCUACCUAUCACCCACGUAACAAUUCAAUUGCAGGACAGUUUCCUCAUCUGAAGUCACGGAGGUCCGGUCAAGAUCUAAGGGGAGACAUCCUCAACAGAUCAUUUACCAACAAGUCCAGCGCGACUAAUUCGUCCAGCGGCAACCAAAGCAACGGUACAUCAAUGACCAACAGUACGGACAAGACCAGCCAAAGUUUGAUGAGUGGAUUCUCUGCAGGAGGAUUUAGCGCAACGAGCGCGGGUAGCUUUGCCAGACGAGGCGGCCACGAACGACCAAACACUGCUAUGGACACUGUGCGCUCUCGUGGUUUCAGUGAUGCUCGUCCAGAGACCCCCUUUACCGGUGUAUCCUAUCACUCUAGUCACAACUCCUCGCGUCAAGGUGCAUCCUCAGCCAUUCCUUGGUCGUCAACUGGUCUGGACACAACUGACCACAGCGGAGUCUUUGGUGGUCUCUCCACACCAAAAACGAAAAAGCAAGGCUUCUUCAAGAAGAUAUUUGAAACGGCCAAGACCGGUGCUGCCAGUGCAAGAAGUAGCAUUUCUGCCCAUGGUGACAGGUCACAAUCUCAAUCGCCGACCAAGAGCAGCAGAGGGAUAGACGUAGUAUCACCCAUGCUCAUAUCUCAUGGGACCCGUGACAGUGCUCGUGAUAUGGGACUCGGCAGCGCUAGCACCAUUGACUGGGUUCAAGUGCGUCGGGAUGUCAACCGUGCGUCCUCUCCCAGUCGCAAUGAGAGAGUUGAAAGAGCAGAACGUUGUCAGAUGCACGACCACCCUGUGAUCUACUCCGUGGAGGAGCUCUACGAUACCGCGGAGGGAGAUGAAAGCAUUGAUGGCCAACCAAUUAGUGAUCCCAUCAAUUUCAAUGCCGCAAACCUCAACCUUGUUGACAAGAGCGCGAGAUUCAUCAGCAGCCUUCCGCCAACCACAAAUCCAAUGAGUCUUGCCCAAGCCUACAUCUGUCGACCAUACAAGAGUGACGUCCAGCGCCUCCGCGCCAUCUUCACCUGGGUCAGUGAGAAGAUUGCUUGGGAGGAACCAGUUGAUGGCCUCGAAGUCGACAUGAAGAGACUGCUACAGGCCAAGCGAGGUACACCAGAGGAAAUUGCUCUUCUAGUGCACGAGAUGUGUGCCGCUGUUGGUUUGCAUACGGAGACAAUUCGCGGCUUUCUCAAGAGCCCUGGCGAUGUUCUCGAUCUUGACAGUCUCUCGCGUCCCAAUCACUGGUGGAAUGCGGUCCUGGUUGAUGGCGAAUGGCGCUUCAUGGAUUGUGCCCUGGCUAACCCCACGAAUCCCCAGCGGAGUCCUUUUGUCUCCAACAACUCCUCAGUGGCAGAGAGCUGGUAUUUUCUAACACGUCCCCUCGACCUUUGUUAUACCCAUGUCCCGCUCUACCCAGAGGAGCAGCAUAUCUGCCCACCCAUCUCACCCGAUGUCCUCCUCGCUCUCCCUUCUGUCUGCCCACAAUAUUUCAAACUAGGCGUUCAGCUACCAGACUAUGACACCAGUCUGCUCCGUAUGGAGGGCCUAGAAGUAAUGCAGCUGCGCCUUGUGGUCCCCUCAGACGUCGAGUGUGCUGCGGAAGUUGAAGCUCCAGCUUUCGCACGGGAUGCAGAUGGCGACUUCUUCGAAAGUGGAGACAUCGUACGCAAGCGUGCCCUCGUCCAGCCGGAUUGGUUCCGCGGCCAGAAACGCAUCACCAUUAAGGCUGUCCUCCCCGGUGACGAGGGACAGGGGGUCCUGAAAGUCUACGCAGGAAAGAAGGGUCUCAUGCAUUCAAGCAAAGACAUCCCCCAUCCCCUGGCCUUCGCUCUCCCAAUGACCCACGUUGGAGAGAACCCUUCGUACGACUUCGUCCUGCGCCAUCCAACUCCACAUGCUCAGCGCCAUGACUUGUAUAUCAUGCAACCGCAAUGCUUCCGCCUGGCAGUAAACAACACAUUCGUCUUUGCCGUGCGCCAGCACCCAUCAUCUGCAAUACCAGUCAAGGACGAACCCUCCUCCAACGGCCGUGGCUCGCCCUCAUCCGUCUUCACCCGUCCAUCCAGUGCGUUGAGCAUGGUCUCCAGCAACGCCGGUGGCUCCACCGUUUCCGGUGCUUCCUAUGAAUUUUCAGCAUCGACUUCUGCCAUCUCAUCGACAAAGUCCGCCUCUGGACGAGACAAGCCUGCCAAACUGGCCAUUCAAUCUCCCUCCGGCAAGAUCCUCCGUCUAACCCGGAAGGCAGAGCACAUGAUCAGCAGCGAUAAUGGCAGCGAAUCAGUCACCGAUGCUGCGGCCGAAGGAAGCGUCUGGGAAACAGUCAUCAAAAUCGGAGAGCGGGGUAUGUGGCGUGGCCUGGUGCUUGCCGACCGCGCCGCCCGGUGGUGUGUAUUCUGCGAGUGGGAGUGUGUUUGA